AUAAAAUAUAAUUCAACCAACCAUACACAUGACCAUUCAAUGUCACAAAGUUUCAUUUUGUACGAGAAUUCUAUUCGACGAAAAACUUUAUAUUUCAUUUAAAAAUGAGGAGUUUAUCGAACAGCAGCAACGACUUUGAAAAAAAUCGUCUGGAAAGGGGAGAAUGGAGCAAAAAAGUGGAAUAUGUUUUGUCAAUGGUGGGUUAUCUUGUUGAAUUAGGAAAUCUGUGGCGUUUUCCGUACAUUUGCAUGAGAAACGGAGGAGGAGCAUUUUUAAUUCCGUUUCUGUUUUUCUUGAUUCUUUGUGGACUACCAUUAUUGUUCCUGGAGACCACAAUUGGACAGUUCAGUGGCAAAGGGUUUCUUCAUGUUUGGGAAGUAUGUCCUCUAUUCAAAGGAAUAGGUGUUGGUAUGAUGAUUCCUAUAUUUGUAUUUAGUAUCUAUUACAACAUGAUCAUUGCAUGGACUUUGUAUUACAUCGGGAACUCUUUUCUGAAUCCGUUACCAUGGACAACUUGUGACAACUACUGGAAUAGUCCUAAUUGUGUAGUGGAUCACGGGUUCUUGACGAAUAUUAAUAACAUAACGGGGCACAGUAUGAACAUUAGUUCACAGGUUUAUGAAGAUACCACAAACAUGGAGUUGAUAGCGAAUAACAGUUCCGAAUGGAUUACUGCACAGGAAGACUUUUGGCAAAACAAUGUACUGCAAAUGUCCACAGGUUUAGAAGACUUAGGUAAUUUGAACUGGCGUUUAUUGUUGUGCUUGCUUGGUGCAUGGGUUAUUGUAGGACUAUGCAUAAUGAAAGGGAUCAAAUCAAUAGGAAAGGUUGUGUACGUAACAGCAUUAUUACCGUAUAUUUUACUAACGGUGAUAUUCAUCAGAGGAUUGACACUUGAUGGUUCUCUUUACGGAGUUAUGACAUAUCUAAAUCCAGAUUUUAGUAAACUUUUAGAAAUCAGUAUUUGGAUUGAAGCUGGCUUACAAGUGUUUUUUUCAUUAGGAACUGGGACUGGUCUUCUUAUUUCUCUCGCUAGUUUCAACAAAUUUGACAACAACUGUUUAAGGGAUUCAGUCCUGUUGUCGUUUACAAGUGAAGGAACAAGUAUAUAUUGUGGACUGGUCAUAUUUACUGUCCUAGGAUUCAUGGCUACAAAGUUUGGACUGCCUAUUGACAAAAUAGUUAAAUCAGGACCAGGCAUAGGUUUUAUGGCGUAUCCGGAAGCCUUAGCACAUCUACCAGGUCAGAAUGUUUGGUCAUGUCUCUUCUUCAUAAUGCUUUUAUCUGUUGGCUUAGAUAGUCAGUUUGCCAUUUGCGAAUCUGCUGUUGGUGUAUUUACGGAUAGCUUUCCUAGACUACGUAGACGGAGAAGCCUUAUAACAUUCCUGUUUUGUUUGCUGUGUUUUGUACUUGGAAUUAUAUUCUGCUUCCAGGGAGGAAUAUAUAUUUUCCAACUGAUCGAUUGGUAUAUUGCUGCCUUUUCAAGACCAAUCAUUGGUAUUUUGGAAUGCUUAAUAUUUGGAUGGAUAUAUGGGCUCGAACGUCUAUCACAAGACCUCCACCUGAUGAUAGGUAAACGACUACCUGCCUUUUUUAGAAUAUGUAUAGCAGUUGUUACUCCUGUAAUAUUAUUGGUAUUAGUUAUAUCAACAUUUGCAGGAUAUAAGAGACCUGCGUAUGGAUCUUAUGUUUAUCCACAAUAUGCAGCAGUUAUUGGAAUACUUAUAUCCGUUUCUCCUAUAAUACCUAUUAUAGUUUUCGCAAUCAUUGCCAUUCGGAAGGCAGAGGGAAGAUCUCUUUCAGAAAAAUUGCGUUCUUCCCUGAAGCCCACCGUGUUUUGGAGCCCUGUGCGUACAGAUGAACAAAACAAUUCGAAAGAUUCACUGGGUGUAGGCUUGAGUGUUCCUGAAAAAAUUAAACUCAAUUUAUUGGGCACAAAAUAGAAGAGCCAUGAAACAAUUAAAACUGAAGAGCUUUGAAACAAACACUUUGCUAGAUUAAUAAAGUUUUCACAGUAA